UGCUCAACAGCAGACGCCCUGUUACAGCUUUCAGUCUGGAGAGAAAGAAGACUAUAUCAAGUCCUGUGUUUGAUAUACUUUGGUUUCACUGUUUGUGGAUGUACAAUAUGAAUUAUGUAUGACAGAGUUUAUAUUUAGAAAAUAGGUACCUGAAAUGGGAAGAAAAGGGUAAUGUGUGGUGUGCGAGAACGAGGUGUGCAGAGGAAGCCCACAGCUUGUACAGUAUGUUACUGGCAAGCAAGUAGUUGUAAAUAAAAAGAUUGUUGGCCACGCUGUUACCGUAAUGUCUUGCAUAGCAAACCCCUUCUUAAAUGUACUUAAAAUAAUCAUUUUUUUUAAGUAGAAUAGUUACACAAUUUAAAAAGAAUAGGUUUAUUGUAUAUAGCGCUUUUCAUUACAAAGAGAAUUUCAAAUACGCUUUAAAAAAUAAUACAUUUAGGGUUCUGGCAGUGGCAAGUGAUGGUGUUCCACUGCUGACAGUGGGUUGAGGCAGUGGUAGUGGAGGGAGUGUUGAUGGUACAGGGAGGGAGAAGUGUCAGUCAGAUACUGUAGACAGGCCCGGAGCUCUUCCUCGGGCACCUUUGCCGUUUCCUGCACGAUGUUUUUUUAUUUUUAUCUACAGAUAUACACGACACACAUGAACAGAAAAAAUCCCAUCAAGUACAGUAUUACCAAGGAAACUCGCGUAUGUGUCUAAACCCAAAUUCCCCAGUUCCACUCACUUGGGCAUGAUCCGAUGCUCAAACAUGAGCUAUGUCCUUACCCUUUUUAUUCAUGGUGAUUUGUGGCAACUUUAUUUGAAUUAAUCAAAACGCUGUUGGGUCACAUCUUCACACCUCAAUCAAUACUGUCAUUCGUACCAAUCUUCAUUAUAACCAUUAUAAUAAUAUAAAAUAUCUAAGCCCCGGGGCAUAUUUCUUAAUCAGCCCUGACCCAACGUAAUACUUGUACCAUAAAACCUUCUCCCUGGUAAAGCGAGUGAGAAGUAACUUUCUACUGGUGUUAUUACGGUAUAUUUGACAGUGAAGGCCAAGGGGGAGAGGCAUUUCGAAUUGAGUUAGAGGCGAAAAAAUCAGGAGCUUAUCAGCUUUCCCUCCCAACUGUACAUACAAGAAAACCUCUUGUAGCCUAGGGUUAAGAGCAUUGGGCCAGUAACCGAAAGGUUGCUAGAGCGAAUCCCCGAGCUGACAAGGUGACCUUAGUGUACCAUUAUGUGGCUCUGGGCACUGCUUCCGAUCUGCUUGGCGGUGUUUGGCACUGUGGGCAUAUGGGUGGUGUUUGGUAUCGCUGUAUCGAAUGAGACUGUUAACAUCACAGAUAGAUUCCCUUACAUCAGUGAAUGUGGCACCUAUAAUCCACAGAGCUGCAUCUUUGCUCAGAUCUGCAACGUCUGUGCUGUCUUGGCCCUGUGGGUUGUGGUGAUCCGGUUUCAGCAGGUCAGGGACUAUGGUCAGAACAGCAAGGUGAACAUCGCCAGUAUCGUACUGGGCUUCAUCUCCUGUGUGGGCAUCUCCAUCAUCGGAAACUUCCAGCAAUCUGUAGUGAUGGGGAUCCACUUGUUGGGAGCGUUCUUGGCGUUCUUCGUGGGCCUGGCCUACUUCUGGCUGCAGGUGUGGCUCUGCUACAAAGCCCAUCCCUUUAAAGACCGUCACUGGGUUGGACCUCUUCGAGCUACAUUCUGUAGCAUCUGCACCGUCCUGGUCAUCACCAUGGCUAUACUUCAUAAUACCGGCUACAAAUCUGGAGCGGCCAUUUGUGAGUGGGCCUUGGUCAUGUCCUUCUUUGUCCUUUUUGGCCUCUUUGGGUCCGAGUUCCGUCACAUCGACUUCCACCAGCUCACCGUGCAGAAACAACGUCUGAAGACACAGAGCACCAACGGAGUGGUCAGAAUGAGUGAUGUUUCAUAGUACAGCCAAUUAGGCAGGUAGCCUAGUGGUUAGAGCGUUGGACUAGUAACCGCAAGGUUGCAAAAUCGAAUCCCCGAGCUGACAAGGUAAUAAAAAUCUGUCGUUCUGCCCCUGAACAACCCACUGUUCCUAGGCUGUCAUUGAAAAUAAGAAUUUGUUCUUAACUGACUUGCCUACUUAAAUAAAGGUUAAAAAAUAAAUAAAAAUGAGACCGUGACAAUGACCAUGCAUUGAUACACUGUUCAUAGCUUAACAUCUAAAGACACACACUGGGUUAUUUUGACCCAGCUAGUUGGGUUGCGUGAAUACCCAAACAUGGGUUAAUUUAACCAUUGGUAGUUUUUUUAACCGUCAGUUGGGUUGACCCAGCAGCUGGGUCUUUUUUUAAUGUAAUCCAGGUUAUUUUAAUGAGGCGUGGCCUAUUAGGGGCGUGGCUUUCAGAUAAUGAUUUUUGUAUCACAAAUCUAAUUGUCGUCUUGUAAUGUUAUUCAGUCAAGCAGAUCUAAGAUUUUCUCAAGUUUGGUUUUAUUUUUGUACCAACAGAAAUUAUUUAAAUUGGCACAUCAAGACAUGAACACUGUAAACAUCACUACACUGUUUAUGUAGAAGAAGAUAUGAUACAGGAUUGGAUACUUUUUCAAGUCAUGAGGGUUUACAUAAGUGUCUGAUGAGGGUUUACGUAACUGUAAGUGUUUUUAAUUUUGCUGACGUUAAAUAAAAUUUUACUUUAAACAUA